UGCGAGGCACAGCCCGCAGAGCUUGGCUGCCAGAGAAAGGCGUUAUUGUUGUCAUCGGGCUCCGGCCCCGUCCCUCCGCCCCCCGCCCGGUCCUGCCCCCCACCCUCGGCCGGCUCCCGGCAACAAAACCCCCGCGCUCGGCACAGCCUCACUCGUGGCGGAGCCGGGAGGAGGAAAAGCAGGGACACAGCCAGGGAGAAACUUGUCUUGGGGAUUAAUAGGAGGCAGGAGGAGGGAGAGGUGCGCACAGGGAAACAUCUGGACCAUGAAGGUGGCCUUUAGGUUGAUUCUCCCGCUCGUUCUUGUGCUGAUCUCGGAGGUGAGCGGGCAGCGGAGGAAACCUGCCCGGAGACCCACCCGCCCACCGCCCGAAUUCAUCGAGCCCGUCGAGCCCACGGAGCUGCCUCCACCCCUGCCCCCAGGUCCUCCUUCUGUCUUCCCUGACUGCCCUCGAGAGUGUUACUGUCCCCCAGACUUCCCCUCUGCCCUCUACUGUGACAGCCGCAACCUGCGCAAGGUGCCCGUCAUCCCGUCCCGCAUCCACUACCUCUACCUCCAGAACAACUUCAUCGAUGACCUCCCGGAGGAGUCCUUCAGGAACGCCACCGAGCUCAAAUGGGUCAACCUAGACAACAAUCGUAUCAGGAAGGUGGACAGGAGGGUCCUGGAGAAGCUGGAGAACCUCAUCUUCCUCUACAUGGAGAAGAACCAGCUGAAGGAGGUGCCUGCUUUCCUUCCACCCAACCUGGAGCAGCUGCGUCUGAGCAGGAACCAGAUCUCCAAGAUCCCCGCUGGGGUCUUCAACAAGCUGGAGAACCUGGUGCUCUUGGAUCUGCACCACAACAAGCUAAGCGACGGGGUCUUCAACAAAAACACCUUCAAGGGACUCAAGAACCUCAUGCAACUCAACCUUGCCCACAACAUCCUGAGGAAAAUGCCCCCCGGGGUUCCCAGUGCCAUCCACCAGCUCUUCCUAGACAGGAACAACAUUGAGGACAUCCCCAGCGACUACUUCAAGGAGUUCCCCAACCUGGCCUUCAUCCGGCUCAACUACAACCAGAUCUCUGACAAGGGGCUCCCCAAGAACUCCUUCAACCUCACCAACUUGCUGGUCCUGCACCUGGCCCACAACAAGCUCACCAACGUCCCCUUCAUCAGCCCCAAGCUGGAGCACCUCUACCUGAAUAACAACUCCAUUGAAAAAAUCAACGGGACACAGAUCUGCCCCACCUCACUGAUGUCCAUCCAUGACUUCUCCCCCUCUGACCUGGACAGCGUGCCCCGGCUCCGCUACCUGAGGCUGGAUGGGAACCUCCUGAAGCCUCCCAUCCCCUUGGACCUGAUGAUGUGUUUCCGUCUCCUGCAGUCUGUGGUUUUCUAGCCCUUGCCCAGCAGCUCAGCUCUCCCAGGACUUGGCUUUGCACAGAGACUCGACCCCCAUCAGUGCUUGACACCCUCUCCCCUCUGCUCACACCCCACUUCCAUCCCUUUUGCCUUCCCUCCCUCCUUUCCUCUCCUGCAGUGGCCGUGGACAGGGGUGGCAUGAGCAUCCUUGGGGACAGCUCUCUGCAGGACAGCACAGCAUCACAGCAGCCACCCCAGCUCCCAGCAUCAGCCUGGGCUGGCUGCCACGCUCACCCUAGCUCCCAGCCUCUGGGCCCUGCCUUCUCUGCCCUCCUCCAGGCCAGUCCUGGAGCUGGCUCUGUCUCUCCCCUUCCACCUGACAGAGUUUUGAGAGGUUGGAUUUACUUCAAGCCAAAGGCAUCUCGGGAUGGAGCUGAUGAGGAAGCCCAAGGGCCACCUCGCUGCAGGACUUGGGUCACGUCGUUGCUCUGGGUGGCUGCACCAAGAGAGCCCUGGGGAAAAAGCCCCUGGGAUGGAGGUGGAGCAGGGAUGCCCUGGGCCAGUGUGCUAAGGGCACAGAUGGGCACCCUGCAGCCUGGGGUGGCCAGAGAGCAGGAUCUGUGCAGAGGGUGGCUGGGGCUGGCGCUGACCGGCGGGACCGGCAACGACACCUCGGGGCCAGAGCCACGUCCCAGGGUCCUGGCAAGGGACACACCUCCCCCCUCAGCCCUCCUGGGGGUCUUUGGCCUUGGCUCUGCCUUGCUCUGGAAGCUGAGGGGCUUAUUCCCCCAUGGUGGGGUGAAUUUGGUGGGAGGGUGUCCAGCCCUUGCAGCUCUCCCGUGCCCUGUCUGGGCUGCACCUUCCCCUCAGCAACACACCACACACCCUCCUCUGCAGGACCAGCCCCCUCCCCAGCUUUCACACCCUUACAGCAGCGUCACUCCCUGCUGCUGCAGCCCUUUCCCAGCACCCUGCAUCCUUCCCCACCCCAUGCUGCUGCUCCCAGCUCAACCUUGUCCUCCCCAGUGCAGGCAGGACCCAAAACCCUUGGGACCCCCAUGCCAGCACCCUGCCCUGGGCACAGGAUCCCCCCAGGGGCAGAGCAGAGCAGCAGUGGUAGCAGGAUGCUUGCUCUGGCAUUGAGGUACCUGGGACCAGAUGCUGAUAUGGAUGUUAAUCCAUGAGAUCUCUGUUCAGCUCUCACAGUCCCUCCUGCCUUGAUUCCCACCUCCUGGAAGUUUUACUCUCUGUUGCUUUCUUGAACCAAACAUAAAUGCCUGGUUUUGCCUUUUUUUUUGGUCAGAAAAAGAAAGAAAAAGGAAAGGGAAGCAUUACUCUUUUGGAAAAGCUAUUUUUUGUUCCCCCUUCUCCCUGUUUUCACAUGUAUCACUUCCCUCUUUGAUAGCUGUACCUGCAUAUAUAGGGUGUCCGGGUUUAGGGGGGGUUGUUCUCUUGUUUUCUUCCUGAUCUGCAGGAUUUAAGGCCAAGCAUUAGUGGGGAAAAAAAAAAUACCCCUAAAUCUAACUGAAAUAAGCAUGAAAGCAAUAAACCAAAGAAACCAGCCAUUACCUCCUUUGUGUUCAGCCACCAAAACUACCCCUUCUCUGAGCUGGGCACAGCUGGGCCCUGUGUCCUGCUCCCUGGGAAUGGAACAGGGAUAUUCCCCACAGCCUGGGGAUGCACCAGUAAUCCCAGUGCUCCCCUUUUUUUCCUAGGGCUGGAAGGUUCCUUAAACCCCUGUGCUAAUUCAGCCUUGUUUUCUCAUGAUAAAACAAACCCAAAUCUCUUCUCCAAAUCUUCCUCCAGUGGGCUUUGUUGGGUUUGACAGGUUUCAACCUUAAACCCGGAGACCCUAUGUAUAUAUUUAUAUAUAAUGUGUAUAUAUACUGGUAGACUGUACAGAUAUAUCUAGAGACAUAUGUAGUUCUCGACUGAUUUCAACUUAAUGGUAUUUUCACUCCCACUCUCUGCAGCAGUGAAAAUAAAAUGAAUCACAAGGGACCCAGCA